AUGGACUCGCCCAAUAUUGGCGCAUUCAAUGAAUCGCUGCUCAAUUCUCCAUUUGGAGACGUACCUAUGACUCCACAACGAAUGAAUAGCAUUGUGGAAGAGGAUUCUAUUUCUAAAGAUGAAGUAGAGCCGCAGAAGAAGCCCACUGUCGAGGAAACGCCACAGAGACCUCUCUCUUUUUAUUCUGCUGCAGGUGGAAAUAACUCAAGUAAUAGCCUUAUCGCGAAUCCUUCCUUCAGCUUCGGAAUGGGCAGUAAUAAUAUCAUUAACGACAGCUCAUUUCCCACAAAUAAGAGACAUUCCUUAAAAUAUGUUCCCGGCCCUAAACUGCCGCCGCAGUCGUCUUCACGCUCCAAAUCUCCCGUACGGCUGGAUCGAACACCGUCUCCAGAGCGCUCCAAAAGACGCUCUUCUUUGGUUCUCGAUAAACCUUUCAAUUUUUCAUCUUCUACUUUGCAGCCCCCAAGCUCCAGUGGAUCUGUGGCCCGGACCUCAUUUCGUAAGGGUCAUAGGUACAAACACUCUUCUGUCUCGAUGAAUUUUUUUCAAGAGCCUGAAGUGAAGAUACCCCUCAAUAUUGCCAAGUCACUACCGAUUCCAGAUUUUUCUGAUCUCAAAAGUAACAUCCCAUGGCCCCGAGGCCAUAUUCAAAUCACUUUAACAGCUCUCCAAGUUAUGAGCUGUGUUAUCACAUUUCACCUAGGGCACAAAAAAACGUGGAAUAACUUCAUCACACUUUCACAUUUUGUUCUUUAUGAUGUCAUUGGAUCCCUAGCCAUAAUUUUGGUGGAAAACUUAUCUCAAUUCCAGGUUUGGACCACAGGUACGAUUACAUUCCCAUUUGGGCUCAACCGCAUUGAUCUACUUUCAAGCUUUGCUCUAGCGAUCUCCCUCUGUUUUAUGGGGUUGGAUUUGUUUUUUCAUAUAUUAGAGGAGACGAUCGUACUUUUCGUUGAAUCAACUAACCAUGACCACCACGAGGAAAUUGCGCCAAAAAUUCCCCACUCUCAUCAUGCAUCUGCUCUUCUUCAUACAACAGACGAUACUCGAUUAUGGUACGGGGUCUUGGCGCCCAAUUUCGUGCUUUCAUUACUCACGCUAUUGAUGACUUUCCAUUCAAAUUCGCAUAACAAAUUCAAGGCAAAGAAUCCCCUCAUCACUUGCUGCUACAUUUCAUACCUAGUUCUUUAUCCGUGGAUCUCAAAGUUCACAAAUUCCUCAGAUUAUCUCGCUACGGGACUUCUGUCUAUAUUCAUAAUGACCUAUGGAUGGAGGAUUGCGAAGUGGACCUCAACAAUUCUUCUUUUGGGAUUCUCAACAGAGUCCCUAGAGGGGCUGAUCUUAGACAAUGGGACUCAGGAGUCAGAAGGCACGCACUCACGAAAUGCCAUCAAAACCAUGAGCAAUACUCUCCCAUUAGCAAAUUCUAAACUUAGUUCAGAGACAGUGGUCGCUAAACACCUUGAACCUGGUGUUGUCAAAAGCAAGAUCAAGGAAUCAGUCGAAGAGCUGGCAGUUUUUCGAGCAAACUGCCAACUAUCAAAUGAUGACCUUAUUAUAAUUAAGGUCAACUUUGACCAGUACAUCGUGCUAAUGAAGAUACAUAUGUCGGGCGGCUCUAAUGAUGAUGAGCUGAAGUUGCGAACAGCAGUUGAUAAGUGUAUCAGAAAAUCGCUGCCUUUAGUGGAAACUACAAUCGAUGUAAGUAGGAUAUAG